AUCUCAACUGUCCAAAAAACCAAGUGAAACGUGUACCUCCAAUAUUCCGGUACAUACUUACGGUUGAUGAUGGAAUUCAACUCCUCAGGCAAUACGUACCCGAAUGGUUAUUUUAUUGCCUCUCAAGACGGUCAACACUUCAGUCAUGUUCCAUCGGAUUCUAUCAAAGAUCUUUUAACUCGUCAGUUCAUAGUGUAUUACAUCGACUAUGGAACGCCGCUGAAUUCGAUAACAGCAGAAGGGUCUGGAACCAACCAUCAGCUUUCUGGUAUACUCCCUGAAGCGCCCUCCAGUGUAGUACUUUUGGACAAUCACCCUGCGCAGAAUGUAAGGGGUACUUCAAGCGAGAUAAUCUCAACCUCCCAGUUGGUUGUUCACCAGCCCGUUGACUUGGAUGGCGUUCUGCUUCCUGCCUACGAUGCGUUGCAGUCUGAUGGGGCCGUUACCUCGCUUCCUGACGCCCCCAAACCUUUUUCGCGUUCCUCUGCCCGGAGGAAGCCUGUCCAGCGGGCCUGUCCGAUAUGUAAUGAAGUAUUCAGUACUAAGAAGACCUACACACUUCACUUGAGUAAACACGAAGAGGGAAAACCUUAUAGAUGCCCUCAUUGCCCACAAAGCUUUAACUAUUCAACCAACCUUACCAUCCAUGUUGCCCUUGAAAAGGCAUCUGACCCACCUUACAAAUGCCCUAUUUGUCAACAGCUGUGUUCCCGCCUCUCGGCAUUUAAGUCACAUUUGCUGCUUCAUCAGGUGGAUGAUCAACUGCAAUGUCCAAUCUGUCAAAGUUCAUUUACAACGCAAUGCUUGUUAGAUGCCCACACGAAAACAGAACACCAGAAUCCAGCGAAUCAACCAGAUCCAGUCUACCGUUGUAGAGUUUGCCAAGCAGCUUUGCCUACCAACGGACAGUUGCGUAAGCACUACUUACUACACCAUGCAUCUCACCGUACAGCCACACGCCAUGUGUCCCCUGUACGAAGCCGUAUUCCUUCCGCCACUGCGGAGUCUAAUCCACAACUAGAGACGUCCCAGCAACAAAAUUCCUUUCGUCGUAGCAAGACGGAAGCUCUGUCGUUUCUUACCCGUGUAUUGGCUCCAAAAAAGUCUCUUCAUGAUGUGCUAACAGGCGAUAGCCUAAUUCAACGAGUUGAGCUGGAUUCUUCAACUCUGCCUGUGUCACCGAUACCGCUCCGUAAUCCACGACGAAGGAAAUUUAAGAGAGGCGGUUCAUUAAAAGGUCCAUUGUACAAGUGUCCAGUAUGUGGGCAGAAGUUCACUCAUCUCACCAGGGCAAAAAUGCAUACAUUGCAUCAUGUAAACAAGAAGCCUUUCGAAUGUCUAAUCUGCCACCUCCGGUUCGCUGAAAAGUCAUCUGCAAGAGCUCAUGUUAUCCGUCACAAUCGUCCACUCUCCCGAUCAGUUUGUCCAAUAUGUCAGCGAACUUUCAUCCGACAAAGUGCCUUGCUCAAACAUCUGAAAAAUCAUCAUCAGGAGUACUCUUUCGAGGUUCUUGGUCCCGACCGAUGGACUACUGAAUGGGUUUUACAGGAAAGCCAUCCACAAUCCAACACAAUUAUACCGCCUCUAACGUCAGCAUCUGUUACUGGACUCCACAACCAGGAACCCAGCCCUGCUUAUGCUCAGUUUUCCGUCAGCACAGCACUGAUUCCCUCUCAGCUGCCUGUAGGUGAAGCCGUGGAAAUUGUUGAACUCAACAGCGUUCCAGGUCAACAGAACAUUUCUCGUCAAGUCAUCAAUUCACCUUCCAAGCCGUUCCAGUGUGAUGUUUGUAAAAAAUCGUUUUCUCGUUCCCGAACUUUAUCUGUCCAUAUGCUGCGUCAUCCUUCAAUCUCUCUUCCCUAUUCAUGUUUCCAAUGUCCGCUGAGGUUUUCCACAUCGGCAGAACUGAAAUAUCACCUACGUGACCAUAUAUUACGCACCAGUUCACGAUUCAAUAUAAUCCGACAGGAACAAUCGCGUUCGAGCGAUGGUCCGUUGAAAUGGGAUCGCGCCUCUCAUCGUUUUGUCAACAUCAGACGCAACAAACGCAGACCUUUCAAAUGCCUCGAUUGUCCUAAUUCAUACCGGUCGAAAACGCAUUUGGAAUACCAUAUCAGGCAACGACAUCGUCUCGAACUGGCCCCUUAUGUAUGUCACACGUGUCAUAAACGUUUUGUCACUGAGAGCAGACUACGCCAACACGCCAACUCAGUACACAAUAAUACAGUGAAGCCGAAUUACGUCUGCCUUCUAUGUGCCGCGUCUUUUUCAUGUAGGAGUUCACUGAAGCGCCAUAUGGUGAUCCAUUCGGGUGAGAGACCGUACAAGUGCACGGUUUGUCACAAGUUGUUUAAGUUCUAUGCAUCAUGUCAGCGACAUAUGAAACUACAUCUAGAUAACACGCAGGGUUCCGAUGCUUGUUCCUUUCGGUACUCCCCGGCGAAUCAAUAUGACCCGUGUGCGAUUUCUAACAUGACGGACGACGUGGGUACAACUAUUCACCAUCAGCAAACACAGCAUAUUGUCGAUUUAGACCAAGAGUUUGUACAGAACGUAUCGUCUCAGUUGUGCUCAAUCGUUCCUGCGCAAAUAUGUCUCGUGCCGGUGAGUAGUCCAUUUAAUACCAACCAAAACUGCACUUCUAACGACUGCAUUAUCCAAUCGGUCAAUAUGGAUAGUUGUGCUCCUUCUGGAUUAUCUUUGACUGUAGAUUAUGCUAAAAAGUUCGGUCAGAAUUCAGCCCAGUUUUGUUGUGAGGACCUUGGACACGAUUCUCCUCGGGGAGUGCUUUACUCUGAACAACCGGUGGCAACUUGUUUUCAUUCUGACGGAAACGAUCCGGAUUCUGUUGAUAUCUCGUUACAUCAUAUCAUGCCGCAGUACUGUACCAGCCAUCCAAAUCCCGUAUUGGCAACUACUCUAAAGCACUUGGUGCCCCCAGCCCACUGCUUGCCUUCCGCGGAUGGAUAUCAGAAAAUUGACACUGCUAACAGCACUGCGGCUCCCAAUUAUUCUGAUUUCGUUCCCCCGAUGUUGUCUCAGGUGGCUGCCAUUACGGAUGAAGCAAAACAGAUGAAUUCGGUCGACGUUACCGUUCUCGAAUCACCUGAACAGGCACAACUCCAACCACCAACGUCAGCCGCCACAAAACUUGACACAAACAAUGAAUCCUGUCAAAAUCCUGAUUCCGGUACUGCUGGAUGUCACUCAUCGGUUGAAGUUAUGUUGUUUGGCUGCGGUUUGUGUUCACAAUCUUUUGACACAGCCGCUCAACUACGGCUGCACGUGGAUACCUCGCAUGCCAUACAACCUAAACCGUUCGCGUGUGAUAGCUGUCAGUUGUCUUUUGUCAGUGAAACUCUUCUCUUGGCUCAUAAAACCAUCCAUUUUGAACCACAAGGUGAAUUGCAAACUCACCGUUGUCCCAGCUGUCCAUUGGCAUCCUUUAACAACAAAUCUGCUUUGACGCGACAUAUACUUGCCUGUCAUCCUUUGCCAACUCCUGAUAGAUUCAGAUGUACAUCCUGUGAUGCUCGAUUCAGGCUACUUAGAUCUCUCGUGGCUCACAUCGCUAAAUUCAAAAACGGACUUAGUGGUGGAUGUUCGAAAAUCCCCAAAAUGGCAAACAGGAUCCGUGCGAAACACCAGAAAGCAGGAGAGAACAUGGAUCCGGAGUUGUUGAAAGUACGCUAUGGGCUUCCCGAGGGGCCAGCGCCGGAUCUUGGUUCAUCCGAAAAAAUUUCGACAACGUCGGAUUAUGGGGCCGAACCUUCGAUAUCCAAUAAAGAUGUCACAGAUCAGAGACGCAAAGCGAAUUCCAUGUGCCCAAUCUGUAGCAAGGAAUUCAAGCUAACUUCGGAUUUGAAGCGGCACAUGUGGACACACACUUUCGCUCGUCCAUUUCGGUGUAACAAAUGCAACUCGCAAUUUACGAGGCACUCGCGUCUUCGUCAUCAUAUCCAGCGUGUUCACGCCUUGGAAGAUGUCACCACAAUUUCGGUCGAAGUUGAUGGAAUAUCCCUUCAGAUCAGCCGGGUUUGCGCAAAUGGUUACAUCUGUCAUACUUGUGGUGAAAAAUGCUCAUCCAUAACCGAGUUGCGCUCACACCUGCAGCUGCACGUUGCAAAACGACAAUUUUAUUGUCACCGGUGCAAUGUUAGUUGUGCCACACCUGCAGAAAGACAGACGCACCAACUCCAUUGUAACGUGCUUUCUCAGUCGCAUUCGGAAACGUCCGUUGAUCUCGUGGAUGACUUGACACCUUAUGAUGGCGCUUCGACACGUCAGUGUAUUGAUUCCAAUCAAGCGAAUAACUUCAUGGUACCCAGUGCUCACAUUUCGAAUGCUUCGGAGUCCACCCAGGUUCAGAUUGGGUGCUCCAGUGGGGAACCCGGGACAAGUGGAACGCAUGACUCCCAUUUUUUCUCAACUGAGCUCCUUGCUGCUUGUACCCAGAGCAUUACGCCAGCCGUAGUUCACAACGGCCCAAAAUCUUCCCAAAUUGAUCCGACACAUUCUCAGAAUUCGGACGAUACCGUCCAAAACGUCGUAGAAUUUGCUCCAGAUGCACCGGAGAGUAAUACAAUCAGCGACAACAACCUGCAGCCUUAUGAUAUGUUCAAACAACCGGUAUGUACCGAUGACGUAUCCUACAAGUGCCCUCCAACCUUCCACACAGUACCGGUUAUCCAAAGGGGCCGGUGUAGAAAGCGCCCGUCUGUUCCGAUGUUCUACAUGCCACAUGGAGUUCAGUCGACGUCCCUCUCUUACCCGACAUGA